AUGAAGGGACGAAGAUUAGAGUCAAUCUAUGUGAUGUCAUCAGAAACAGCAUACGUAGAGAAGACAAGAAGAAAAGAGACAGCAGACUUGUGGCACAUGCGGCUGAGUCGCGUUAGCUAUUCCAAGAUAGAUGUGAUGAUGAGGAAGUCGAUGCUAAAAGGACUUCCUGAACUUGAGGUGAAAACAGACACAAUCUGUGCAGGCUUUCAAUACGGGAAGGCUCAUCAAUUCCCGUAUGAAGAGUCCAAAUUUAAAGCAAAGAAACCAUUAGAGUUAAUCCACUCUGAUGUGUUUGGGCCUGUUAAACAAGCCUCCAUUGUAGGAUGA